AGACGUGUAGGGAUUGCUUUCAACUCAGCAUUUGUUUUCCUCGAUCAGCUUCUCGUAGACUUCUUGUUUAUAAAUAAACAAGACCCAUCUUAUUCAAGAACCCAAAAAAAAAGAACAUAAAGAGAGAUCUUUCCAGCUAGAGAUAUUUCCAAUUAGGAAGACAAAUGGACAGCAUAGAGAUGGAUAAGGAGAGAAUAACAGCGGAAAUGGCUUUUAAAGACUCGUCCUCCGCCGUCAUCAAAAUCCGGCGACGCUUGCCGAAUUUCUUACAGUCUGUGAAGCUCAAGUACGUCAAAUUAGGGUAUGGCUACUCAUGUAACCCUGCAACUAUACUCAUGUUUCUUGUACUUUUGCCUCUCGCAUUAUCGGUAGUGCUUCAGCUCGCCGGUCUAAAACUGGAUCGGGUUUCCGAGUUAUGGACAAACCGGACAGUUUGGUUUGAUAGCCUCAACGCGGCCACACGAACCGCUGCUUCCGCUUUGCUGCUCGUUCUUUUCGGCCUCUACUGGGCCAAGCGCAAAAGGCCGGUUUAUCUCGUAGACUUUUCCUGUUACAAACCGGAGGACGAACGGAAAGUGACCGGGGAAUUUUUCUUGAAGAUGACGGAAGAUAGCGGCGCAUUCGAGGAGGACAGCAUCGGGUUUCAGAGACGAAUUACGUCCCGGUCCGGCCUUGGCGACGAGACGUAUUUACCGAAAGGAAUUACGUCCAGACCGCCGAGCCUGAGCAUGGACGAGGCCCGGUCCGAGGCGGAGGCCGUCAUGUUCGGUGCAUUGGAUUCGCUUUUUGAGAAAACUGGCGUUCAACCAAAAGACAUCGGAGUCCUUAUUGUGAACUGUAGCUUAUUCAAUCCAACCCCCUCCCUCUCCUCCAUGAUUGUCAACCACUACAAGCUUCGAACCGACAUUAAGAACUACAACCUCGGCGGAAUGGGUUGCAGCGCCGGCCUUAUAUCCGUCGACCUGGCAAAGGAUCUCCUUAACGCAAACCCCAACACCUACGCCAUCGUCGUCAGCACCGAAAACACCACUCUCAAUUGGUACUUCGGAAAUGACCGCUCAAUGUUAUUAUGCAACUGCAUAUUCCGGAUGGGGGCUGCGGCAGUGCUCUUAUCGAACCGGGCACAGGAUCGGACCCGGUCCAAGUACGAGCUCGUUCACACCGUUCGAACCCACAAAGGCGCCGACGACAAAAAUUACAACUGUGUCUAUCAGAGAGAGGAUGAUAAAGGAACCAUUGGGGUUUCGCUCGCUCGGGAACUAAUGGCGGUGGCCGGAGACGCGUUGAAGACGAAUAUUACGACUCUGGGUCCUUUGGUUCUCCCGUUUUCUGAGCAAUUCAUGUUCUUCGUGACGUUGGUGAGGAAGAAGAUCCUGAAAGCUAAGGUGAAGCCGUAUAUACCCAACUUCAAGCUCGCUUUCGAGCACUUCUGCAUACACGCAGGCGGGAGGGCGGUGCUGGACGAGCUGCAGAAGAAUUUGCAGCUCAGCAGCUGGCACAUGGAGCCGUCGAGGAUGACGCUGCACCGUUUCGGGAACACCUCGAGUAGCUCGCUGUGGUACGAGCUGGCGUAUACGGAGGCGAAGGGUCGGGUCUACGAGGGCGACCGGGUCUGGCAGAUUGCGUUCGGGUCGGGUUUCAAGUGUAACAGCGCGGUUUGGAGGGCUCUCAAGCGGAUUCCUGUUGGUGACUUCCGAGGCAACCCCUGGGUCGACUCAAUCGAUAGGUACCCGGUUGAGGUUCCUGGCGAGAAGAAUGUCCACGUAUCGUAGUCUGAGUGGAGGAUAGAGUACACGUGGUGUUAUAUAUCUGGCUGCUGUAUUAUUAUUAUUUUUUUAACCCUCUCUCUCUUUCUUUCAUGUUUCGUGGGCAAGGAGUGAUCAUAAUGAGUAAUGAUAUAAUGAUAUAUGAGAAAUGUUACAUAUUCUCAAUUUUUCU